AUGUCGUCUCAAGAUCAAGGAUCCCAUGCUUCUACGCAUUCUCUUCAGGCGCGUAUAUCUGAGAGGCCACAGUUUCGACACUAUCCACAACGCUCGUCUUUGCCUAAUCUUUGGUUGCCGCCCCAUUCUGGACCGAUCCCACAGCGCCUAAUGAGUAUCGUUCCUCGAGACAAUCUCCACCAACCAGCCACGCCCCCGCACCUGGUCACCAGAUUCGACCUCCCAGACCUUCCACAAGAGCUACCAACCACCGCGGCGACUGAGAAACCACUCAACGGUCUAUCAGCGCGACACCACCAAAGCGAACAAGGACGGUAUAACGCUAUGCCAAGUCCGCCGCUGACCCCAUCGUCGUCCAUACGUACUUCGGGAAGUAUCGAGACCAGCGCCACGUCUCACCAUCCAACCGACUUCGACAGUGAAUUGUUUCCUACAGCUGAAGGCGAUAAUUUAUCCAGGUUUCUAAUGGCACGUAGUUUUUUUACGCUAAUGGCUGGCCCCCACGUGAAAAAUGUCUCCCCCCGCGCAUCCUCAGCGCAACUUGAAAGCUCUUUUCUCAAUGCCAUUCGCAAACUCAAUUCUUCGACUAAUUCUCGUUCCCGCCCAGCAAUCAAAUCUUUUUCACAAAAGCACCAAGCACAAGGAAUUGUACUCCUCAUUUUCUUCGAUACUCGCAUCGCGAGUCAAGCACGAGACAUUUUUUCGCAACCAGGGACUUUUUCUUCGGAUAUCGUAGCCGACACGACAGAUGCACUUUCCUGCACCUUGACCUCUCUGGAGGUCAUUUUGGAGUUGACUGGCUAUUCUGACCACCUUGCCUACAUGCAAAGCGCGUUCCAUUUACACGUCAGCGAAACCGGAAAAUCGGACGGCCAACUUGACAAUCAGAACUCUUCCCUAACUCUUGGCUCAGAACAAGGCGGCUAUGAUAUUUCUCUAGUAAAGCGUUUUCUGGGCUCUUUCGGUCCCUUGAGGUUGUUUGCACCCGCACAAGAGACGUCAGCCGCCGAGAAUGCGCAGGAUUGUUCACACUUCAUAGUAGACUACUACGACCUUCGUGAUGCUAAGUCGGCAUUUGUGUCACUCGAUGAGCGAGUGUUGUAUGGCAUGCAGCUUCGCGUUUCUGGCGUUGACAUCCUCCCCCCUCCACCGUCGCACCUCGCGCCUCCGCCUCUUAACGCGACCUCUGGGCUCGAUACUACCACUAGGGUCCCGUUCCCAGCUAUAGAUACUUCGCACCGACAUACCCAAUCCGACAUUCAUGAAGCCGGUCAAUCCGUUCAAAAUCGCGAGCGCCUCUUGACCAUGGGGCCGCACGACAGCACAGUUCGCCCCAGGAGUCUGAGCGUCGACACCGUCGAGUCGCCUCUAACUACGACCCCUCCGACUGACACCUCCUUGGCUGCAAGCCCAGGGGGUACAGGACCAAUGUAUCUGUAUUCUUCAUCGACAUCUAUCCAAGUCUACGCACAUCCCACCGAAGGUCAAUAUCCAUACCCCUCGCCAGCCCCUGCUGCUCCAUUUGACAUCCCGACACCGUUCUACGCUCCGGCGAAUCCAGUCCCCUCAAACCACCCUUACCAACACCCCCAGCAAUUCGUCUUCCCCUACGGAAAUGCAUUCCCGCAAGAAGGGGGUGUCGUCCGAGCGUCGGAUGGUACCUUGCACACCGUUAUGAGAGGGAGUGGGUCACCCAUGCACGUCCUGAUUCCAUUUGGGCCUUCCAAUCCCGUCAAUACAGGAGAGCGUUGGUCAGAGAGCCCUCCGUCUCGUCGGGGCUCAGCCGACCGAAACACCCAUCAAACUCAGCACCAAGGGAGAGGGGUGCAAGCCAGGCGCCACGACGGCCCUACCAGAACAUCUACUCCCGCGGAAAUCAUGGGCAGCCACUCCGCUCACUCGUCUUCUCCUCAACCUCAACAACAUGGGCAUCCCCGCCCGGCUCCGAAAAACAACGCUUUGGAUAUUCCGACAAUCGAAGCUGGCUUAGACACAAGGACUACAGUAAUGAUCCGAAAUAUCCCCAACAAGAUGACGAACGACGAUCUAAUCGCCUAUAUCGAUUCCGUCUGCCCUCGCCGCAUCGAUUUCCUCUAUCUUAGGAUGGAUUUCUCAAACGGAUGCAACGUUGGAUACGCAUUCGUGAACUUUAUCGCUGUCGAAGAUCUAAUGACGUUUGCAAAGGCCAGACUGGGACAAAAGUGGAACAUGUUUUCGAGUGAGAAGAUCUUGGAAAUGAGCUAUGCAGAUUACCAAGGGAAAGAAUCGCAAGUUGAGAAGUUCAAGAAUUCGUCGAUCAUGGACGAAAGGGAGGAGUGGAGGCCCAAGAUAUUCCGCUCUGAGCCAGGGCCUGACCAAGGCCUUCCCGAGCCCUUCCCUGCCCCUACCCACUUGCGCAGGAAGCAGAUCAGCUCCCACAACCGCGCUGGGCUUUUCCCGUCCAAUCACUCAUCGCAGGACUCUCCGAGUAGCCGACGGGGAAUGCGGGCAUUCGGACAUCGGGGCUUCCACCGGUAG